ACAAUAUCCAAACUCUCCACAUGAUGAACAUUCAAGUUUAAUUCAUUCUCCUCCCUACUUCAUUUUCAUCUCAAAAACCUUCUUUCUUCCAUAUAUACUACUGGAAGACAUGAAGGCGAUUGCAGCACCAAUUUUGUUCUUUAAUUUCUGCAUAUGCGUCGUCAUUUUCGGGAUUGGUGGCUGGGUGAUGAAUCAUACCAUUGAUAAUGGAUUUGUUAUUGGUGCUGGAUUUGAUGUUCCCAACUAUUUUUCUCCAAUUUUCUUCCAAAUUGGGAACUCUGCCACUGGGUUCUUUAUUAUUUUUGCCUUGAUUGCUGCUGUGGCUGUUGUUGCAUCUGCCAUAACCGGAAGCUUUUAUUUUCGGUUCCCGGAAACUGCCAACCAGCCCCCUGCCGCUUCGACAGCACUCGUCGCCUGCUUCCUAACUUUUCUCGCUAUGGGGUUUGCUUGGAAAGAGAUUGCCAUGACAGUCACUAGUGGCCACUUGAUUGCAUUGGAGGCUUUCGUGAUUGUCCUUUCAAUUACGCAAUUUGUUUAUACCGCAAUCAUUGUGUGGAUCUCAACCAGCCAGUAGAUUCUAGAAAUAGCGUUCACCGAAUGUUUGUUUGUGGGUUUGUUUUCAAUUUUUUUUAUAUAUGAUUUGUUUUCUUAAAUCAAUCUUGGUCGAAUCAUGUAAAAUGGGAGAAACUUGCAUUGUAUUGGCAGAUGAAGUACAGAAGAUAUUAUGAAAAUUGGUGUGCAAAAAAAAAGAAUAAGAUUUCAGUGACUUUGAUGACUUCA